GUGUAAAAUAAUGAAGUGAGGACCAUAUAUUGAGCCAUCGUCUUAUCUUGUUUUUAUCUUUUGAUAAUGAAGAGUAUUCAGGGGUAGGAGCGGCUCGACAUGAACUCAGACGUGCAUCGUCAUCAAGCACAUCCACCGCUUGCUCAGCACGGUGUGCACACAGGCGCGCAAGGUGUCGCAUGCGGGUGGUAUUCAGCGUCGGCUGCCCCAGCACCAACUGCGCCGGUGCGCCUCAAGCGCUCCCAGCCGCCGCACCAGCUGCCGUCCGGAGGUGGAGUAAGCGGCAGUAAUGGGCCACUCGCACCUCUCUCGCCCACCGCAUUGCAGAAUUCCGUACCACAUAAUAACGUGAUGUCAUCUUCGGUGCGGGCGCCCGCACCGGUUGGCCCUAAUUCUUCAGCCAUGCAUACUUCACAAACCUCGCCUGUGGUAAUAUCUAAAGGAAGUAGCGACGUUCUCGUGAAUUCCUCGGUUCAAAAUCCACCACCCGCUGGCAACAGGCUUGUCAACAUGUCCCAGUGGCCAUGGCAUCACGGCGCGAUAUCCCGCGAACGUGCGGAGGCCCUACUGUCUGGUUCUCCGGACGGCGUGUUUCUAGUGCGAGAGAGCACCAAUUUCCCCGGCGAUCAUACGCUCUGCGUCAGAUUUCGAGGACGCGUCGAACAUUAUCGGGUGAAAUGGGCCACGGCACCUGAUAGUAAUACACAACGCCUUACCAUAGAUGAUGAGGAAUUCUUCGACCACAUGACCGAUUUAAUACAUCAUUAUUUACAAGAUGCAGAUGGGCUAUGUACGAAAUUAGUACGAUGUCUACCCAAAGCUGCAUCAAACGGUGCUAACAACAACGGGCCAAUGCAAUCUCCUUACCCACCUCAUCCGCAGCCGCCGCCAUACCCGGCCACCCCUAGCGUGUCGAGCUCGCACAACAGUGGGCAGUAUCCGCACGCGCAUUCCGCUACCGCCACCGCCUCCGCUACCGCCACCCCAUCACAACCGCCCAACACAGAUCAGACGGACAGCGCGAUACAACCGCAGAAAUUUGUUGAUGCGCGUUGGCGAAUAGACGAGCGGGACCUUGAAAUCCGAGAAAAUAUCGGCAAAGGAGAAUUCGGUGACGUAAUGCUAGGAAUACUAAAUGGCACGCAAAAAGUUGCCGUCAAAAUAUUGAAGGAUCGAGAGGCCGCUAGCAAGUUUCGAGCAGAAGCCAGCGUUAUGGCGUCGUUGAAGCACGAGAACCUGGUCCGUUUACUGGGUCUGGUGUUCAGCAGUAACGGCAGCACGUGUAUAGUGACGGAACACUGCGCGCAAGGAUCGUUGUUAGACUACCUGCGGAGCCGCGGCAGACAUUACGUCACGCAACUAGACCAGAUCAACUUCGCAUAUGACGCGUGUUGCGGCAUGGAGUACUUGGAGCGGAUGCGCGUGGUGCACCGCGACCUGGCCGCGCGCAACGUGCUGAUCUCGCACGAGGGCACCGCCAAGGUGGCGGACUUCGGGCUCGCGCGGCACGACCACGGCCACGACGACCCCGCCGACCAGUUGCGGCUGCAGGCCAAGUUGCCGAUCAAGUGGACCGCCCCGGAGGCGCUCAAGUACAACAAAUUUUCGAAUAAGUCUGACAUGUGGAGCUUCGGAAUACUUCUAUGGGAAAUUUAUUCAUUCGGAAGAGUGCCAUAUCCGAGAAUCCCGCUGGCGGAGGUGGUCCGUCACGUGGAGCGCGGGUACCGCAUGGAGGCGCCGGAGGGUUGUCCGGCGGGCCCGUACGAGCUGAUGCGGGCCGCGUGGCAUGCGGACCCCGCGCAGCGACCCACCUUCCAGCACGCGCGCCGCGCACUCGCCGCCAUCAGGGACACCGCGCCCACUAACACCGCCGCCGCUGCCGCCGCCAUGCCGACCGCAUAGUGUGAACAUUUAUCGUCAUCGACUCCCGGGGUGCUUUGUGAUGGGUAACACUGAAUAUGGUAAUCUAGUAUACACAGACCCUGUAUUUUACAAAUCACUUUACACACAUCUAAAAGUGAGUACUAAAACAAAUAUAUUAUGUAUGUAUAUGUUAAAAAACACAUCUACUACACAAACAUUGUCCUUUUCUAGCUUAUUAAAAUAGUGUAUGAUGAUGUGUAGCAUAAAGAUAUUAUUUUCUAUUUAACGAUAUUAAUGUACGGGGCUUUUAGUGAAGCGCUUUAAACUGGUUCCUGAUCUUUUUAGUGCCCGUGCUACGACAAUAUGGCUAGAUAUGUACAUAAAUAUAAUUUUUUAAAUACUAAACUGAGGUAAAACUGGUUAUAACACGCUACGUGUUUUUCACGUGUCUCUUUAUACUUCCUGACAUAAUUACUAUUUAGUUAGAGAUGAAUCAUGUUUGUCCCUAGUAUCUAGGAGCGUCUAGGUUCAAACGACACCGAACUGUCUUAUCCGCCGCUGUGUUAACCAACGGACGUAUGACCAAUACACGAUAACGGACAAAUAACACUGCCGAUUACUACGCGCGAGUAGGGUAGUUUCGAUAAAAUGAGUCACGAAAUUGCUCAAAAACUAUUCUGAUUUUAACUCAAAUUUCUGUGAUGUAUUUGGACGUCUAACCUCAAUACAUUAAGGUUUAAAAUCGAAUGGUGAAAUUUGACAGUUUUGUGUAGUCUGUCAUGCAAUUGACUGUACAUAUCAGAAUGACGACAUAAAUAUCCCAGAUAUGAAAAAGUUAAAAAAUUGAUUUAAUUUUAAGACAUGAAAGUUUAUUUUACGGAAAAAAAAAAUCAUGGCUAUUUAAUCAAUUUAAUACUUGUACUUUUGCAAAGUAAAAUAUUUCGCCUUUCGUUAUGCGUUACUCUUUGGUUACGAAUAGCAUUACAAAUAAAUAAAAUGUUUGAAAAAUUGAAUUUGCAUCUGGGUUCGCAGCGAAUUUGCCCCGUCUGGACAUGGUCCGGGUAUUACGUCACAAAAGGAGAUAUCCAGCUCGCUAACUCCUAGAUUCUAAAUACAAGUUUUACCAAUGGAAACCAUUAAUUGAACGUUAUAUUCUUAAAAGAUUAAUCGACAUUAAACUAAAAUUAAGUAGACCAGUGAUAUUUUUAAUGUGAACAAAUUAUAUUUAGCUAAAAAUUAUAAACACGGUAUUAGACAAAAAUAAUAUUGACGUGCUAAGUCAUUAAAUGCCCCGUAUAAUUUAGGUCUUAAUUUUAAUGAAUAUCUUUUAUAUAUUAUCUUAAAAAUCCACCCAAUAUGGCCAAUAGCCGUACGUCGGUACUAUAGUACUGUCUAGUCAAAGUAAAGUUUGUAAUAUUCAUUGUAUUAUAACAUAAUUUUUAUUUGCAUAUUAUUUAAAGACGUAAGGUGACUGAUAAUGAAAACGUCAAAUUUUAAAUAAUCAAGAAGGAAAAAAUGUAUUUCUAUUAAUUUUGUUAAUAUAAAUAUAAUGAAACAUAUAAAGCACAAUGAAACAGUUUAACUUGUAAUAAGUUAACAUUAUUAUAGUUCUGUUUCAAUAGGUUGCCUGAAACACAUUCUCGUUUUUAACUUCUAACAUAUAAGGGUAAAAAAUGAGUUUACUUAUAGUAAUGUAACUUAGGAAAAUAAAUUAAGAUCCCAUACAGGUACAAUAUUAAUUUCCAUACAAUUGCAUAUUUGCAGUUAGUACCAUACAAUUGCAUAUAUACUAUGUCUGCCUACAGCUGAAUACAUCGAUGUUAAGCUAGCGAGUACAUAAUUUUGUGUAAAUUAAAAUUUAUC